AUGAAUUAAUAAGAUUUUCUAAUAAAAUAAAGGGGAAAAUAUUUGCAAAGCUUAUAUUGCGAUUAUAAGUUUUAUUUCCUUCAAUUGAUUAAUUUAUAUUACUCAAAGAAAAUUGAAGGCUAACUUGAAGAAAGGCAAAACUAUAAAUAAUUGCUCAUCUAAAAGGAUGGAAAAAGUAUAGGUAAAUUAGAUUAAUGCUAUGUAAAUAUAUGAAGAUCU